AUGGGCUUGUUUUCAUUUGAUGGUGGUAAGAAGGAACCUCAACCCCCUAAUACCCGUUCGCAGAGGAAGUUGUGUUGGGAGUCCAGGGAUGGCUUUUUUCAGUGUUUGGACAAAGCAAACAUCUUGGAUGCAAUGGAUCCCAAGAAUAGCAAGAGUGUAAAUGCGCAGUGCAAGGUGGAGAAUGAAAAGUUUGAGGAAAAUUGUGCUCAUAGCUGGAUCAAAUACUUCAAGGAAAAGAGGGUCAUCGACUUCAAGAGGGAGGAGGCCAUCAAGAAAAUUGAGCAAGAAGCCAAACAGAGGGAACAAAAGCAGUGA